GCCCAAGAAAGGUCACCAAUGAUCAACGAUCUAUUUCCCACUCGGACUUGCAAACCCUCAAAUAGCCUCUUCCUUUGUCUUUAGAAACGUAUACAUUAUUCUAAUAGAAAAUUCGCUUUGUCGAGAGUCAAAAUGGCGGAGGAUCUCAGGGAAGAAAUGGAAGAGGAGGACGCGGAACCUGCGGAUGACUUCCCCUAUGUUCCGUUCCAUUUCGAAACCUUCCCCGAAGAAAGGUCGAACAUCAAUGCUCAGAAGGAAGUGCUCGAGAGCGCAUGCAAAAACUUGGCUCAGGCCUACUUGGACUUGACAACUGAGGUUGGGAUGAAUGACGAGUUCGACGCUGCUCGGGGCUGGAAUGAGAAACUGCGACGGUAUGUGAAGGGCAACGACGACUUCAGCGACCCGAACGCCGGCACUUGCAAAAAGGGAGACCCGGCCAACAACAGCCCGUUCGUGGACCAGGCCAUGAUGAAGGGGAUCGAAAACUUUCAAGUCUACGGACACCAGGCUGACGAAAACUUUUUCCUGGCCAAGGCCAACUGCGAGGCAGACAUGCGGAUUAGCGGUGAUUUGCCAAAAGUUAGAGCGUUGGAGAGAAUAUCGAGACUGGGACAAGAGCUGCAUUUUCUGUGGGGAGGUUCUGGCCACGGAAUGAUCGCUGGCAUGGGGCAAAAGAUUUUGGAUUUGGCUGAAAGAGACCCCGACAAGGCUACUGCAUACGGAUUCCAUCUGGAUUCUGACCGAGCUGCACAUAACAAGGAAGUGUUGCACAUGAUCAACGAAACCGUCUCGUCCAUUCAUCACAUUGCAGUUCAAAUCCAAAGCUUUGUGGGUGGUACUUUGGAACCGACUGAAAGGAAACACGUUCCUCUUCAUAAUCACGAUUAAAAUUCUUUUACAUGUAUUACUCCAUUUUUUUUCUCAUUCCUUCUUUUUUUGGGUCGCAUUCGUGGGUGUGACUGCGGGUGUGCUGUGUAAUAUAAUGACUGUUUCACGUAAA